AUGCUGCGCGCCGUCGCCGCAGGACGGGCUUUGGUGCUGAGCGCCCUGCUGUGGCGCCUGGCCGCCGCCGGCAAUCCAGAACUACCAACAGCAGUCAAUAUAACUUGGUCUUCUAUCAAUUUUAAAACUAUACUACAGUGGCAACCAAAACCAUCAGGUUACUUCUAUACAGUAGAAAUACAUGGGCAGACAUCUGACACCAAAAAAAAAUGUAUUUUGACAACAGAAACAGAGUGUGAUGUUACUGAUGUGCUCAGGAAUGUAAAAGAGACCUACACAGCACACAUACUGUCUGUAACAUCCUUGGGGAUGGAUAACUUUGAAGAACCACCUUUUGCAGUCUCUGAAAAAUUUACACCUUAUAGUCAGACUGUUCUCGGAAAACCGGAGAUACAGAAUCACACGCAGAAAGGUUCCAAACUGAAUGUUGUGUUCCAGGAUCCACUUACACCAUAUACAUUUCCUAAUGGAAGCUUUCAAAGUAUUCGAGAUAUUUUCCAACAUGACCUGGAAUACAAACUCUAUUACUGGAAAGAUCAAAGUUCUGGAAAGAAAGAUGCAACAACAGAAAGCCAUAAAUUUGAAAUAAGCAUUGACAGCACAAAGAACUAUUGCUUCUACAUACAGGGAGUCAUUCCCUCCCGCAGAGAAAACCGUAAUGGUCAAGAAAGCACGGUGCUUUGUACCAGCAUAGGAAGAAAUAUCUUAGAUGAAUACGGAGCAGAAGUCUUUAUCAUCAUAGCAGUGAUAGUGAUUGCAGUCAUCACUCUUGCUGUUGUCCUAUCAGUGAUCCUGUGUAAACACAAGAAAACAAAAGCUGCAAGAGAAAAGGAACCACUUAACAGCAUCUAA